UUAUAACUCAAGUUUCAGCUCUGACAAAAGCACCAUAGAAUAACGAGCAUAUGAUAAGGAGUGGUGUAUGAGUUUUGCUUCGUCUUUUUUUUAUUAUAAAGUUAUAUUAUUUUUGAUAAAAUGGUUUAUUAAUUAUAACAAACAAAGCCGCAAACAAAUUUCUAUCUUGCUUGAAAAGUUAACUGAUUGAGUCGCUUUCAACGAUUUUUCAUAUAUUUUGACUCCGUUUUCUGUUUCUGUGUCCUUGUCAUUGUCAUUAUAUUGUACAUAAUCGGUUUGUCAUUCGAACGAGAUUCUUGAUGCCUUCGUGGCUCUUCGGUUUCUGAUGUCAUCUGAAAUGACCGAGAGCCGAAUCCCUCGACCAAUGGAAUCCGAGCGACAAUCGGGUGGAAUCGGAGACUUUGAUGGGUCCGAAGAAGAUGGUCUGAGCAAGCUGCAGAUGUUGAGGAAUCAGUUCAGGUCCAAAAUUGUGGAAGAGAAAGAGAGGAAACUGAAUUUGUUGAAUAAGAAACAAUCUGGAUCUGUUAAUAAACAGAACAGAAAGGUAACUAUAAACGGGGUUGUCGAGGAGUUCUCGCCAGACAGCAACAAACAAGACCGACAUUUGUACGGAGAAAACAAUGUAUACAAAGAGAGCAACGUCAAGUCACCGCAACUGGGACAGAGAAUGCAGACGGAUUUGGCCAAGUUCGGAGGGGGUAAUCCAUCCCAAAAAGAACUGGAAGUUCGGAGACGCCAGGCUAUACUGGACAGUUUGCACAAAAAUAGGGAGAAAAAGAAGGUUGAAAACAUACCGUAUAAGGCAAAAGGGUCAGUGAAAAUGAGUUACAAAGGUCACUUGCCGCCAAUUCCAGGAAGUGUUAAAAAGUCUAACUCAAAAACCGAACACGACUUGAUGACGUCACGCGAGUCGACGAAACGAAACAGCAAUCUUGGUGAGGAAGAAGUGGAUUCGGAAAACAAUUUGAAUAGCACUGUUAGUAAUAAUCCCUUCGCUAGCAAACCAGCUAUUAUAAAACGAAAAGCGCUUCCAGGUGUCAACAAACAAUCACUACAGGUUCCAGGGGGUGUAACUUCUGAGGAUUCAGAAAUAACGAGCGAUUACAAUACAUCAGAUAAAGAAAACACCCAGCAGCAGCUUCAGAUGUCCCACAGAAAUAAUGAAAAUCAAAUACAACCGAUUGCUGAAAGUGAAAACAAUGCUCUAGACCGACAGCCAUUGCGAGAAAGUCACUCAAGCAAUAACGACAGCGCUGGUAAUAGAACCCUUGGGUCAACCACCAGGUCAAAUGAAGUCGCGCAUACUGAAAAUGCCCCGAACGAAGUUCUGUCAUCAAGAACUGUAAACAAAAACGACUUGACCAGUCAGCGACAACAACUGGCUAGUGGAAAUAGCCAACGUCCAAGAUCGGUCACUGCGAAAGAUGUUCUGGAAAUAAGUUCCCAAAAAAGAUAUUCACAAGAUUCAUCAGUGCCUAGUAAUUACGACCCUCAAGAUCCACUGCUUGACAGUGGCUCCUCAUCUCAUAUAAAAGUAGCCCACAAUGUUGUUAUUUCUGACACUAUCACUGACCUUGAAAGCGGAUUGCAAAUUGAAAGUCAAGAAAAACAAAGACUAGAUGCUUUACAGCGAUUGAACAAGAAAACUAACGACGAAAGAACUCGUUCAGCUAAACGAUUGGCUGAAACGAAGCCCAAUAAGAAACCAGUUGAUAGUUCAAGCGAGCAGAAUCCUGAAGCGACCACUUUGCCGCUUAAUGACGAAGACGAAUCAACUGCGAGGUUAAGUGACUCUGAGAUAUCAGGGCAGGCCAUGACGCUUCGAGAGAGAAACGACGCUGCCAUGUCAUCAGUGAGACGCUCAGAAAGUCACAGAAACAGUUUAAUCGCUAAAAAGGGUGGAAUCAAAAGCGCGUUAGUUCCUAAUGACUCUAAAACGCCAUCGACGUCAUUAAAAAUAGGUGCUACUCCCAACCAACCGAAUGCCGCGGGCGGCAAUGACGACUUAAAAGACACUAUCAACGAAAUGCGCAAAAGAGAACGAGACUUAAUUGAAACUAUCAAAAAACAGCAAGAGGAACUGGAGCUAGUGAGAAAACAACGUUUCCGCCAGGAGCGGAUUUUCAAAUCUUCUCAUCACAAAAAAUCUGACAAGUUUCGAAGCGAAUCCGAAAGCAGCCGAGUGCUUUCAACUGAAGAGGCGAGCCAAUCCGAACUGAUGAACCAAAACCAGAACAACUAUCAACCUGAGCUGUCUCCCAAGAAAAAACCGACCAAGGUCCGACUGCCUCCAAAACGGUCUGUUGAUAUAAAAGAAGAUCCAUAUUAUGCUCAAAUAGCCGAAAAAUCGACCCCAUUGGCGAUCGACAUGCAAAAAUGCCCGCAUUGCAGUCGAAGUUUUGCACCUGAGAGGUACAAUAAACACGUGGAAAUUUGUCAGAAUGUGCAGGCGAAGAAAAGGUCGGAGUAUGACUCGACCAAGCACAGAUUACAGGGAACAGGGGCCGAGAUUUUUCAGAACGAGGAGAGCUCCCAAGUCUAUAACACUAACACUGCCCAGAACACUCACGCCUCUUCUUCGUCCAAUCAGCCACACACCCAACAAGGCGGAACAAACAACAACAGCAACGCCCAUCCUGGCCCCGCCCACCAGAUGAUAAAGUGUCCAACAUGUGGGAAACAUUACCCCUUCCACAGUGCAGAAAGACACAUGCCAGUGUGCAGAAAGAACAGACAAGAGAGAGGUGACGUCAUCGCGAAAGGGGGAGGUGGUGAACAACAGAACAGUUCACAUGUUGGAGGAGUUCAAAACAAUGUUUAUGUCAGUCGAGUGUGAUGAAAACUAAAGGAGCUUGUUAACAAUUUAUUAACAAGACCCAAACUAGUUAUUAACAAGGCCCAAAUUAAAUUCUAUAGUUGCUUAUUCCAAAUACUGUAGAAUACUGGUACAGUUGACCUUAAAUCAGUCAGAAUACGGAUGUCAGACGACUUCAUCAGCUUUCAUUUUUGUACACGCUGAAAAAACAACAGUUUGAGUGCUAAUCCAACUGACGAACUGGACCCUAGAGAAUAAUUUAAAAUCGUAUCGAUUUGUGGAAUUCAAACGAUAGUGCUAACAAUUUGCCCUUAACCAGGGCAAAUUUUAAAAAGAUUGAUGGAACUUAUUUUUGUAUUUUUUUUUUAGUCUAUACUCGCUAUUUUAAAGCUUAAAAUCGAAUACAGACUACUUCUCAACAGCUCAAACCAUUAUGAAUAGUAGUUCCGAAUUACGGAGGAAAGGGGGGUUUCCGAAAAGGGAAAGGGGUCUGGUUGUUGAGCCGUUGAAAUCUUAGGACUUCUUAUAGUCAAUGAUAUAUGUUACACUGCCUACAUUUGUAUACUAUCGCGAUAUUACAGAGUCACAGAAAAGGCAGUUAAAUUCAACGUUUUUGAAUAUUUUGUCAAACGAUUCCUAUUUGAGGUAAUGCUUCUGCUAAAAUAAUCAAUUGCAAUUAUUUAGACUCAUACAUAUCUUUGUAGAAAAAAUUAAUUUAAUG